AAAACAUGUAAACGCCGCGUUUUCACCUUUAUUUGAUUAGAGCUUCAUCGCUUUCCUUCUUUCAAAGAUAAACUCGCCGUUUAAUCUUCAAAGUUUCUCUUCUGAUCUCUUCACAUUCCAUGAAGUUCAAUGGAUUCUUAAAAUCCGGUAACAACUGUUAUACACAUUAAACUCUGUAACGAUUCCGACCUCUUCGUUUCUUCGCCUUCAAAUCUAUAAAUAGUAGGGGGUGGUUGAAAGGUGGAUGAACAUUCGCAAUCACUUUCAGUAGAUCUGCCUAAUUAAUUGUUGCUCGUCUGACUGCUCCGUUUCUGGGACUCCAAAAACAUCAAAAAGCAUGGUGAAUCCAUGGCGUCACCCUACUUCUCCUUGAUUAGAAGAUGUUGUUGGGCAAAUUCCUUUUGUACAAGGUUCUGACCUCAAGUGAUGACACGAGUUGAGGUCCGCUUCGUCAUUGAACCGACCGUUGUGGUGUACCUGUCCUUAUGGGACGAAGCUGCGUCAAUGUUUAGGGGCCUCAUCAGCUCAGGUGAUAGAACCCAGUCUGUUAUGGUGGUGACAACUGUGAAUCCCAAAAUAUUUGGAGGUAACCUGUUACUCAACUCCACCCCAGCCACAAAAUUUUAUUUCGACACUAACUUUCCAGCCAUUGCUGAGUUCACAGCUAGCUUAGGAGAUCCAGUUGGAGAAGUUUUCCCUUGUAUCGAUACCAAGGAAGGGAUAAGGAAAAAGGAACAUGUCUCCAUUGGUGAUCUAAACAAAUUCUUCACCAACUCUGAUGAGCAGGUUGAAAGUGAAAAGGAUGACACAAAUCCAGACGGAGUUAAGGACAAAGAUGUUCGCCACAUACGCACCCUGGGUUCUUCCAAGCUAGUCGACAACGUCCGAGUCAAUGGCUGCAUGGAAUAAUAGCAACACAUUCAUCAAAGUAGGUUAUGUACCGAUAACUUUUACUAAUCAGAGUGGGCCUAGAUGAAUUUAUAAGAUUGCAAUGUAUCUUAUGUGUUUAACCAGGUUUUAUUUUUAAUCGGAUCAUAACCAUAAUUUUAAAACACCUUUCUACAAAUACAGGGUGAUAUAAGUUGAUCUUUUAUUUGGCUGAUCGAAUAAAGUGAACAUGGAAACAGAGAAAAAACCAAGCUUGAUAGAAAACAGGAGGGUCUGUGAUUUUGCCUAACUUGAGCAGCUAAGCCUUGCGUGCCUUCUUGAGUGCAUAAGCUGUAUGGUCUCGGGAAAUCUCUGGCAUUUUGACUGUUAAUUCCCCAGAUUGUCAAUUUAUCCUCCUGUAAAAAUCGAUCCAGCAAUCAUUUUUUCUUGCCACUUAUUGAUUAUCCGAGAAAGAAAAAAGCUUACAUUUUGUCAGGCUUUCUCUGCAUUGCGUCAUGCUCAAUUCAGCACGAAUCCGGAAAGGAAACACCUUGAUCUUGGUACACAUUUUUCUGAGCAGGGUUUUGAUCAAUAACGCUAACCGUUAUUGCAAACAGAUUAUUGGCUGGGAUCCAUCUGACUGUAACAUGAUCAACAUCAGGUUGUACCUACAUAAUGAAUCAAGAAAAGAAAUUAUCUUUGUGAGUGAGGAAGAGGGAAACUAAAAGUGGCAAGAUACACCCUUUGUUGAGCCGAACAGGCAUACCUUGCUUCCCUAGUAACGAUUCCAUCUCAUGUGUAAACUGUUCUAGAAGACCUCUCUUCAGUUCAACCUGGUCAAUCAAUUGUAUUUGUAACAAAACAGUGUUAAUCAGUAAUGAAGAUUAACACAGUCAAGCUUGUUUGUUUAUUAAGCUGGCAAUAGAUUUUGUCAGAAACCU